AUGGGACGCCCGUACUACGAUGAUCCGGUGGAAAUGUGGCUAUGGUCGGCUACGAAACCCAUACACGUCGUUCGACUAUCGACUGUUACUUUUCCGGAUUGGUUUCCUGGUACGGUAACGCUGGCUAGUGCGACCGUUGGCACGGGUGGUCAUAGUUCGGCCGGCAGUUUAAGUCGUUCGGUUGGUUACACUGGCUACGUUAGCUACAUGAAACGCUUUAAUUUCACUGCAAACCUCGAGUCUACCGACGACCGGUCCGGGACGAACGUGAACGCCGAUAUCGGGGAUCAGAUUGCUGCCGACGAUGAUGAUGGCUCACUGGCAUUGCACAACUACUGGGCCCUGCUAGCAAUUAUACUCGUGUUCGGUACGGCCGCCGGGAACAUUCUCGUCUGCCUCGCCAUCGUCUGGGAGCGUCGGUUACAGAACGUCACAAACUAUUUUCUGAUGUCACUGGCGAUUACGGAUCUGAUGGUUGCUCUGUCUGUGAUGCCGCUAGGAAUACUAACGCUGGUCAAAGGGCACUUUCCGCUCGAUUCCGAGUACUGUCUGGUGUGGAUAUGUUUGGAUGUUUUAUUUUGCACCGCUAGCAUAAUGCAUCUGUGCACCAUAUCAGUCGACCGGUACCUUUCGCUACGCUAUCCCAUGAAAUUCGGGCGAAACAAAACGCGGCGCCGGGUCGUGUUGAAAAUAAGCUUUGUGUGGUUGCUUUCCAUUGCGAUGAGUCUCCCGUUAAGUCUAAUGUAUUCUAAGAACCAUGCAUCGGUGCUAGUGAAUGGAACGUGCCAAAUACCGGACCCGGUGUACAAACUGGUCGGAUCCAUCGUAUGCUUUUAUAUACCGCUCUGUGUCAUGUUGAUAACCUACACGCUAACCGUACGUCUGCUGGCACAACAAAGCGAGAAUUUGGGCGGGGUCGGUAGUGGUGGCGGUUGGUCCAGCGGGUGGUUGGGCCAGGCGCCGGCAUUUGAUCGGCGGAAUACAUGGAAACGAAUCAUUAAGCUCAGCCUACCCACCGCUCAGAACCCUCACGCACAUUCCGCUGCCUCGACCGACACGGAACUAUCCACGCUGGAUAAUCAUGAUCUUUGGUUGUUAGAGUCGAGUAUUCCAGAACCCAGCUCUAUUACGAUGACUGCGAUGCAGCGGUUUGGAGAAGAGAUGCUGAAACUUUCUCAAGGGUUAGAAUCCGUGGCGCAACACAGCGAUCGACACCUGGGUUCAAGUGGUACUUCACGAUCACCCGAAGGUAGCCGUGAAAGUGAAUCGUUUCGUAAAAAACCGAGCACGAAAACAACAGCAGGAACGGUGACGAUGGCCACUAUACGAUCACCAGUGCCGGUAAAAAAACGACGCAGUUCCACGUCCACUUGGAUCAAUCGAAGAAAUUCCGGAACACCACCGCCAGUUCGCUUAGUUCGCAAGCGUUUCAAAAGUUUGCCUCAUGCCAUCCCUCCAUCGGAAUCGGACGAAAUAGAGGUGGAUGAACAGUUCAUGCAGGACGUUCUGCUCGAACUACGCGAAAGGGAGGACAAGGCGACCGUCGAUGAUUCGCGCAAAAAGAUCUCACGGCUGGUGGAGAAAGGUGUACCUUGCGCUGCAGUUAACAAUCGUCAUCCGGAUGCUGAGAAUAGUUGCAUCGAAGGUGAUGGAUCUGGUGCUAGUUCCCAUCCGCUAUCGCAAAACCAUGCGGGACAAAGCCUAAAGCUGCCACCACCGUGCAAGUGUCCGUUUUUCGGUGAAGGUGCGUCCAGUCGGCAGCAGUACCUGCGACCGGCAGAAAUUAAGAUCGUGAAGACGAGUUCCGACUUCAGCUCAAUAACGGGUACCGGUGAUAGUCUCGUGUACAGCACGAUCUCCAUUUCGUCCAGCUCCAACGUGACCUCACAGCCAACGCGGUCCAUUUCGAGCAGCCUUUCGACACUUCCUGCCUCGGCACUGGCGUCCCCGAGCCGGAAAUGCAGUGCAGCGAAGGGUAUUUCCGUGGUGACCUGGGAUCAGCGGCGCCAUCAACGGCGCGGCUCUAGUUUCGGUGGGGCGAGAACUUCGCUACUGCUUACACCAACGAAGGCGAGCCCAUCCAGCGUGUCCUUGCGGCGAUCGAUCAACCUUCGCCAUUCCACGCUCGAGGGAGGUUCCUGCAGUGGAGCCGGUAGUGGCGAAACUAUGUUCCGUGGUGCACCCAAAAAAAACAGCUCCUCACCGUGUCUGAUGCAGCACCAGACGGGUAGCGGUGGCACUGCGGUAGCGAUGAUGGCGGUCGCAGCGGCCACCUCGACAGUGCCGACCAUGGCCACGACAACGAUGACUGUCAGGUCGCACCAUUCGCGUAACUCGAGCAUGAUCUCGCGCAAUUCUUCACGGCACGGGCGCAUCAUACGGCUGGAGCAGAAAGCCACCAAGGUUCUCGGCGUGGUGUUUUUCACCUUCGUUAUCCUGUGGGCGCCCUUUUUCGUGCUCAAUCUGCUGCCGAGCGUUUGCAAGCACUGUGAGGAUAACAUCGACCAGUGGGUGUUCGAGUUUGUGACCUGGCUCGGGUACGCCAGCAGUCUGGUCAAUCCAAUUUUCUACACCAUUUUCAACAAAGCGUUCCGCGACGCGUUCCGCAAGGUGUUGCUCUGCCGGUACGGACUGAAGGCACGCCAUUGGCAACCGAACAGCUAG